UCUGUCCAAGAAGAGAAGAAGGUAGAGUGGCUCGAAAGGCUCUAUUCUUGUCCCUAUAGGGAUCGCAAGGACGUAAAUCCGCCACGAGUCGAAGGGACAUGCGAAUGGUUUACUAGCCAUCCGCUGUUCCGAAAUUGGCAGCAAAGCAACGUAACUAGCUUGUUAUGGGUAUCUGCGGACCCUGGCUGCGGAAAGUCGGUAUUGGCUAGGUACUUGGCGGAUGACGUUCUGCGUAGCACGGAUACGAGAACGACCUGCUACUUCUUCUUCAAGGACGGCUUCGAUGACUAGAAAUCUUCGACUACUGCUCUGUGCUGUAUCUUGCGUCAAAUCUUCAAACAGCGUCCUGGCUGUUUCUUGGACCAAAUCCUGAGAAAGCUCGAGGAGGACAAAAGGGUAGAAAAGGGCGAAAAAAAACCUCCGACGUCCUUCCGCGACCUCUGGGAUUUGUUUAUGGCUGCCGCGAUUGGCCACGAGACGGGCGAGAUUGUCUGCAUCAUCGAUGCGCUCGACGAAUGCGAGGACUCGGGGCGCAAUCAGCUUAUUGAUGCUAUCUCAAAUUUCCAGUCUCACACAACGGCUCGCACUCCAGUCUUGAAGUUCCUCUUGACCAGCCGGCCCUACCGGGGUAUUGAAAGGGAAUUCUCCCAGCAUCUAGAACCCGAACUACCGACGAUCCACUUAAGCGGGGAAAGCGCGGAAGAAGCAAGCAAGAUUUCUCGCGAGAUUGACUUGGUGGUUAGAAACAGAAUAGCGAACGAUGGUAGAAAGCUAGGGCUUACCCAAGAGCAGCAAAACGUUCUGAGAGAGGAACUUACGCGGGUUCCAAACCACACCUACCUCUGGGUGUAUCUCAUCUUCGAUAUCAUAAACAGGAGUAUUGUCGACAGAGCAGAAGAUAUUCGAUCGAUAACUAAUACGAUUCCGAAAACGGUUGAUGCAGCAUACGACAGGAUCUUGUCAAAGAGUCCAGAUAUUGGGCGCGCUAGAAAAAUCCUCCAUAUCGUCGUCGCAGCAGCGAGACCGCUAACUCUGCAGGAGAUGGACCUAGCUUUGGCGAUAGGUCCUAAACAUCAGUCAUUCGGCGAUCUGGAGCUGGUCCCAGAGACACGAUUCCGCGAAAACAUCAGGCAGCAUUGUGGACUUUUCGUAGUGGUGGUCGAUUCGAAAAUCUACUUGCUCCAUCAAACGGCCCGCGAAUUUCUAGUGCCGUCGCUAUCACCAAAGCUGCCAGGAUCUCCUUCAAGUGGCUCGAAGCUAUACUGGAAGUUCUCGCUUCAUCCGGGAGAAUCCAAUCGAAUCCUUGCCGAAAUCUGCAUGUGGCGGCUGUCAUUAUCGGACUUUAACCUCAAGACUUUUCAAGCAAGUAAAGAACGAGAACAGUACAUUACAAAGCGCACGCUUCUGGGUUAUUCAGCUCAGUACUGGGCUGAACACUUCCGCGAAGGUGAUUGGAAUAGCGGAGAUUGGACGAUCGAGAAGGCAAUUGAGAAGGCGCUAUCCUAUCUAAAUCCACAACCAGCUUCUUUAGCGUGGUAUAAAAUCUAUCAAUGGCUUACAAUAACAAUAACACCACAGAAACUUACACCACUAAUGGUUGCAUCCUAUUUUGGACAAGACACGGUCGUGCAGCAGCUUCUCGAGGCCGGCGCCGAUGCGAAUGCCGAGGACGAGGAUGGCUCGACACCGCUUCAUUAGGCUUCUCUGAACGGCCACGAUACGGUCGUACAGCAGCUUCUCGAGGCUGGCGCCGAUACAAAUUCCAAGGAUAAGGAUGGCUCGACGCCGCUUUACCAGGCUUCUAAUAGCGGCUACGACACGGUCGUGCAGCAGCUUCUCGAGGCCGGCGCCGAUGCGAAUGCCGAGGACGAUUAUGGCUCGACACCGCUUCACCAAGCUUCUGAGUACGGCUAUGGCACACUUGUA